CGGGGGAAGGCGGGGAACCGGGUCGCCAGCGCUCGGGUCCGCCUCUGACUGCGGCGCGGCGGGGCGAUGUGUGAUUACCAUGGCGAGGAGUCUCUGUCCGGGGGCCUGGCUAAGGAAACCCUGUUACCUCCAGGCUCGCUUCUCAUAUGUGCGAAUGAAAUAUCUUUUCUUUUCCUGGUUGGUGGUUUUUGUUGGAAGCUGGAUUAUAUAUGUGCAAUACUCUACCUAUACAGAACUAUGCAGAGGAAAGGACUGUAAGAAAAUAAUAUGUGACAAGUACAAGACUGGAGUUAUUGAUGGGCCCGCAUGUAAUAGCCUUUGUGUCACAGAAACUCUUUACUUUGGAAAAUGCUUAUCGACCAAGCCCAACAAUCAGAUGUAUUUAGGGAUUUGGGAUAAUCUACCAGGUGUUGUGAAAUGUCAAAUGGAACAAGCACUUCAUCUUGAUUUUGGAACUGAAUUGGAACCAAGGAAAGAAAUAGUGCUAUUUGAUAAGCCAACUAGGGGAACUACUGUACAGAAAUUCAAAGAAAUGGUCUACAGUCUCUUUAAAGCAAAGUUGGGUGACCAAGGCAACCUCUCUGAACUGGUUAAUCUCAUCUUGACAGUGGCUGAUGGAGACAAAGAUGGCCAGGUUUCCUUGGGAGAAGCAAAGUCAGCAUGGGCACUUCUUCAAUUAAAUGAAUUUCUUCUCAUGGUAAUACUUCAAGAUAAAGAACAUACCCCCAAAUUAAUGGGAUUCUGUGGUGAUCUCUAUGUGAUGGAAAGUGUGGAAUAUACCUCUCUUUAUGGAAUAAGCCUUCCAUGGGUCAUUGAACUUUUUAUUCCAUCUGGGUUCAGAAGAAGCAUGGAUCAGUUGUUCACACCAUCAUGGCCUAGAAAGGCUAAAAUAGCCAUAGGACUUCUAGAAUUUGUGGAAGAUGUUUUCCAUGGCCCCUAUGGAAACUUCCUCAUGUGCGAUACUAGUGCCAAAAACCUAGGAUAUAAUGAUAAGUAUGAUUUGAAAAUGGUGGACAUGAGAAAAAUUGUGCCAGAGACAAACCUGAAAGAACUUAUAAAGGAUCGUCACUGUGAGUCUGAUCUGGACUGUGUCUAUGGCACGGAUUGUCGAACUAGCUGUGAUCAGAGUACAAUGAAGUGUACCUCAGAAGUGAUCCAACCAAACUUGGCAAAAGCCUGUCAGUUACUCAAAGACUACCUGUUGCGUGGUGCUCCAAUUGAAAUUCGUGAAGAAUUAGAAAAGCAGCUGUAUUCCUGUAUUGCUCUCAAAGUCACAGCAAAUCAAAUGGAAAUGGAACAUUCUUUGAUACUAAAUAACCUAAAAACAUUACUGUGGAAGAAAAUUUCCUACACAAACGACUCUUAGUUCAUUUGGACAUUGUGACCAUUUUAAGAAACUUAGCACUUCAAAAGAAAAAUCUUGAACAUUUUUUCUAAAUGGCUUGAUUCAAAUCCUUGCCAGUUAUCACAAAACUCCUUUCCCCUGAUCCUAAGGAAGCCAUCAUCUUAAAAUACAUGUUGAUUGCUGAAGUAAUGGCAGGAGGUAUAGGAUCAAAAAUAUUCAUUCCUGCCCUUUUAGAAACGCUGGUACAUUUCCUAGUACAUUCACUGUGUAACUAUUUUGACUAAUGACUUAAAAUAAUGCUGUGAAAAGCCUCAUUCCAUAAACAUCAACGGUCAGAGUAUUUUGUAGAUUUGUUAGCCAAAGUAUCAGUGCUGGAAAUUGUGUUUGCAUUGAAGCUGCUGUUUAAAAGAAAAUUUAUAAAUUUACUAAUGUCUCAGCAUGGUAAAGUUUGCACAUUAACAGAAAUUAAGACUGCAAAGCAGGUAAAUUAAAAUUACUCCUUUAUAAACAGA